AUGUCAUAUCUAUGCGAUAUUUUAAGUUCUGACGGUGUAAUACCUACUCCCAAGAGUGGCUACCGUGCCUUUCUCUUAGAACUAGGCCGAAAAUUCAAAGAAGACGAUUUAAAUGAACUGAAAUUCACGUUGAAAGACGUCAUCCCUGCUCGCAACAUGGAAGGACUUUGCCAGCCAUUCGAUGUGUUUUCAGCCUUGGAAGACCGCGGUCUUCUUGCACCAGACAAGCUUGAUGGACUUCGUGAAUACCUUGAAGCUAUUGAUAGGCCUAAAAUGGUCGAGAUGCUUGAUGAAUACGAAGACGCAGAUACAAAAUUCCCUUUAAAGCCGAGAUCAGACAACAGUCUCGAGAAAGAUGGCUACAGUGUUUCAAUUGACAAAGGUCGUCAUUUUGAUACGAGACAGGGCGAAUUCGUAGAAGUUAGAAGUGGAUCAAACUACAGUCUGACUUUGGUCAACCAAAACAGCAACCGAUGUGAAGUGCACGUUCAGCUCGACGGCUAUGAAAUGUUUCCAGAUGCACUGAUAUUGCUCCCAAAACAAACGUGCACAUUAGAUCGACCAUCAAGAGUAGCCAAAAAGUUCAAAUUCUUUGCAAUUCGCGAUGCACCCGCCGAAUCCGGUAUCAACAAAUGGCGUAAGGAUAAAAAUGGUGUAAUGCAAGUCAAAUUCACUCCCGAGAGAACAGAUAUGAAAAUCACCUGCGUAGCAUCAGGCUCUACAACGCAAACAAUAUCCUGUUCGACACAAGUUACUGAUGUUCAGUUAUAUAAAAUGGUCUCCCAAGUAUUCGGUAACGCCGUCGUGACCAUCAUGAUCAAUGCGUGGAAACCAUUGGGAAAAAGAGGGGCAAAACUUGUUGACUAUGGUGUCUGUGAUGGAUCUCGAGUUAAUGUGUACGUUGGUGGGAUUGGAGGCAUAUUCUAUACGAGUCGUAAGAAAAAUGCAUCCUCAAAGAAGAAUAUUGAGUGGAGGGCUGGAGCAUCCACCUUGGAAGGCGAGAGCGAUCAGGAAUUUGGGAAAGAACAGGGGUUUCCGAUUGAUCCUUCCAUAGCCGUGACCCUAAACCUGCGUCUUGUUGCUCGUGAGAAUGAAAUACCUUUACCAUCUACAGGAAAUCCAACCUCUCUUACAAGAGCUACCCUUAUACCGCCACCUGUCCCUAACUAAGGAAAUCACUAAACAUUGGAAAUAUUUGAACAUUCGAGAUCUGUCAAGGUCAACUGAAGUAUCAAUUGUUUAACACUUAUAGAUCUAGUGACGUAUAUAAACUGAUUCUUUCUAUUGCAUGAAAUGUAAUCAAUUCUAAUAAGACGCUUAAACAACUGAAUAAGACGCUUAUACAUUAAGUUUUAUAAUAUAGCAUUUGUAAAUUCUUAACGCUGAUUGGCUAAGAGCCGUGUUGAUAUAACUUAAUGUCAACAAUUAUAAAAAAAAUAUAAAACAUUUUUUUCCGUAUUGAUAUACAGUUAUAUCAACACUCGUGGAAAUUGGGAAAACUCGAAAUUGUGUGGAAAUUGGGAAAACUCAAACUUGUUGUAAAUUCUGAACGCUGAUUGGCUAAGAGCCGUGCUGAUAUAACUCAAUGUCAACAAUUAUAAAAAAUAUAUAAAACAUUUUUUCCCUAUUGAUAUACAGUUAUAUCAACACUCGUGGAAAUUGGGAAAACUCUAAAUUUGAGUUUUCCCAAUUUCCACUCAUGCUGAUAGAACUGUAUAUCAACACGGAAAAAGUUUUAUAUUUUAAUUGUUAAAUAUAAUUCAUACAUCAUGAUAAGUGUAUCAUGUGUAGCUGCAUGUUGGACUUUAUCAUAACAUCGUUUUUACUAAGUUUUGAUAUUUUUGUGUGUGUAUAAUAUACACUCAGAGUAACGUACAUCAAAAACAUUUUACUAAGUUUUAUUUCCAUGUUUAUUGUUUAUAUUCAUUAAGGUAACUAAUUGGGAUGCAAAUUUUAAUUUGUUAGCCUAAUUUUAUCAAUGACAAUAUAUAGAGAAUAAACAAUUUUCAAUCCUGUAUAAUUAUACAAUAAAACACUAUGUCCAAAUAACCUAAAUAUGAUCAUAAAGGAUGUAUUGUAUGGACAUUUUUGACUCCAAAGGGAUAGCCAGUGCCAUUAUUGAAAAUUUUGCCAGCAUUGAGACAGAUGGCACCACCCUUUCAAUAAGUGAAUC